GCCCACCGCUGGAGAGCGACACAGAAGAGCCCGGGCUCACACACCAGCUAGUCUGUAUAGCAAAAGAAGAAUAAUAGUACAAAGAGAAAACUACAAAAGAAAAUGAACUCCAACGUCUCCGUUUGCUGUUUAUUUCUGCUUUUACUGCUUAAUGUCGUUGGAGCGAAACCUGUCUCUGAUCUACAGAGUUUGAAGCAGCUUUUAGAAGAAGAGGUCGACGCCGCGCCGUAUUAUUCGUCGGACGAGAUGGAGGUGGAGGGGAAGGAUGGAAACACAGAUAAGUCGGUGUACGGAGCUCCAGAUGAGCACCCAUGGGACUCCUCCGACCCCAGCAACUCGGCACUGGCGGCUAAAGAAAGCAUCCUCGCGCGUCUCUUCAAAGACCUCAUGAGGACCUCCAAGCGCUCGUGGAGCCGGUACAAGAAGGGCGGGCUGAGGAGCUGCUUUGGCGUCCGGUUAGAGAGGAUCGGCUCGUUCAGCGGGCUGGGAUGCUGAAGGCGUGGAUAACUCGGGGUUCCCAUCUGCAAACCAGUGUGACCAUAACCAGCACCGGAGCUCUUCACUCACAAAGCUUUGACUGACACUUUAAAGGGCGGUUAUUCAGUCUCUUCUGUCCAUGAUUCUCCCUAAGAACUGUGAUUUUUUUUUUCAUAUGUUAUCUGUUAAACAAUAAAUUAUUGUAAAUGUAUUUAUUAUUUAUUAUUUUCUUGUUGGAUAAAGUAGAGUUGCCUUGUAAUAGAUUGUAUUCUAGUAAAAUAAUUAUUUUGCAUAAAUGCUGAGUCUGUGAAUUUGUUUCUGUUUUGGGCAGAAGUGAAAGCAGCUUUUUUUCAUUCAUGUUAAAUAAACCAGUGUGUUAGAUGGAAAACCAUUUAAUUCAAAUCU